AUGUCAUUCCCAACUUUUUUGAAUCCUGGAAUUGUCAACAUGUUGUGGAGUCUCAACCUUUCAGAAUGGUUUCGUGCCCGUUCCAACACAGGUUUCUCAAGGGCAGUCCUGUUGUUUGUUCAUGCAGCCACUCUCCUCGCGUCAGUGGAUGGUACUGGUAUCAGUGAACCUCAAAAGUAUGCAAUGGAAAUCAUCGACUUGAAUGCAGAAAACAUGAAACAGCAUCGUCGGUUAGGUCCCAUCAGUGGCUAUGUCCAAUUCGCGGGCAAUCUUGUGGGAAAUACCAAUAAUGGAUUUUUUGGAACCUCUGUGGACAUCGACGAGUUUGGGACAACAAUAAUUGUCCGUGAAUAUGGAACUGACACUGUUCGAGUCUAUGAGAACACUGCCAACCAAUGGACCCAGAAAGGUCAAGACUUGACAGGUUUCCCUAUCCUAUUGAGUAUUUUUGAUAAGACUGCUGCAAUAUCAGGAGAUGGCAACAUUGUUGUCGUCAGCUCUACCACCAACCAAGUGGUGGUGUUCCAAUAUGACACGAGCACAGAGAUGUGGAUACAAAGAGGCAGUACAAUUCAAGAGGUUGAGUUGGAUGGAUCGCCAAUUGAAUCGUUUGGUGUUUCCAUUUCUAUCUCAGCAGAUGGGGACAAAGUUGCUGUUGGGGCUCCAUUUCAUGAUAGCCCAACUGCAAACAACAUUGGGUUUGCAACAACAUACUUCUGGAACGGGGUCAUCAAUGACUGGGAGCGUGAGACAUAUAGAGAUGAUUCAAAUAACGAUGUUGCUGGUCUGUAUGGAGAGCUUCGAAAUGCAUUCUUGGGGACAGCAGUAUCACUCUCUGGAGAUGGAAACUGGUUUGCUGUUGGAAUGCCUGGAUCUGGAAUCUCUGAUUCUGACUCUGCAAGGUUUGGUGAAUGCCGUGUUUACAGCAGUUUGGGGUUAAUCACACAAAGUAUAGUUAAUGGUGGAGCUAUGUUUGGUUCCACUGUCCGUGACAAUUUCGGAUAUUCGGUGGCUCUAAACUAUGAUGGAAACAUUGUUGCAGUUGGGUCUCCUGAGUUUAAUACACUGGAGUCUAUACUUGUCGGCAAGGUGCAAGUCUUUCAAAGAUCAAACACACUGUGGGUCCAAUUGGGAAGUGAUCUCAUUGGGGACGAACAAUUUGAUGAAUUUGGGACCUCCAUUGAUUUAUCUGAUGAUGGCAAAACCCUUGUGGCUGGUUCAGACAGCGGAAGAGGUUAUGCUCGCAUUUACAAGUUUGAUGGCAUUGAUUGGGUCCUUCAAGAAAUCAGCAGGGCCCAAGGUUUUGAUAUUGAUGGAAUUAGGGAAGGUGAUGAGUUGGGGAGUGUUGCUGUUUCUCGUGAUGGGACUAAAGUCCUUGUUGGAGCAAUUGGUUAUGAUGGUCCUGACACAAAUAAUGGACUUGUCCAAACGUGGAGACAAACAGACUUUCCAACUUUUUCUCCUAUACUGAAUCCUUUGCCUCAAGUUGGCAACCUAGGCACUGGCGGAAGCCCCGGACAGACCAAUUUUGUUAGUAGGGCAUUCACUUGGUGGCAGGGUGCCGUGGCCUAUUUGAAAGAUUUGUUUAAUUGA